AACUCACCACCCAUUUUGGUUUUUAAAGGGAUUGCAGACCAUUUUGCAUCCAAAUUUUCAAUUAUCUCUUGUUAUUCGAAAAUUUAUUCAGGUUUUUCAAAAGUUUUUGGCUAAAAUUGUCGUGUUCCAGUGAGAGACUGCGUUGUCCAAUAGUUAUAGUGAUGUGAAACGAGUUUUGCUUGUGUCCUUGUCCGAGAUAAUUCGUUUUCCGAUUGCCCGUGUAAUAUUUUGUGUUGUUGCUUAAUCCGUCAAAACGCUACCUAAAGUGGAUUUUCGAUUGCAGAGUUUUUAAUCAGUUUAGCGAUUGCCCGUAAUUUGGCUUGCGCAAAGCCUCCGAUUGACACUAUUGGGAGCAUAACCUUGAACGCCAGCCAGCAGCUAGAAUGAAUCGGCGGAACAAAGGCCCCGGGCUAAAGAUCCAAAUGGAUAAGGCCUCCAAUUCGAGUCCGGUAACCCCUCCCAGGAAUCUGGACAAAACGGCCACUAUAACGAUCGGUAGCAACACAUUCGUGGUCGAAGCGGACAACUUAGAAAAAAUAUGCGAUCUUGGACGGGGCGCCUACGGGAUAGUGGAAAAGAUGCGCCACAAACAGACCAACACCAUUAUGGCCGUCAAGCGGAUCACGGCAACGGGCCAAACGCAGGAGCAGAAACGACUGCUGAUGGAUUUGGAUAUUUCGAUGCGUGCCAGUGACUGCCAGUACACGGUCCACUUCUACGGGGCUUUGUUCCGCGAGGGCGACGUUUGGAUUUGCAUGGAAGUGAUGGACACCAGUAUAGAUAAGUUCUACCCGAUCGUGUUCAAAAAUGGGCGAAAGAUGCCCGAGGAUAUUCUCGGAAAGAUCGCGGUCGCAGUUGUUAAUGCACUUAAUUAUCUCUACACUAAGCUACGCGUUAUUCACAGAGAUGUCAAACCGUCCAACAUACUGAUCAAUAGGCAAGGAGAUGUUAAAAUGUGUGACUUUGGUAUUUCAGGAUACUUAGUUGACUCAGUGGCCAAAACGAUUGACGCUGGAUGCAAGCCAUACAUGGCUCCAGAGAGGAUAGAUCCUCAAGGCAAUCCUGGAGAGUACAACAUUAAAUCUGAUGUGUGGUCGCUGGGUAUCAGUAUGAUUGAAAUGGCCACCGGGACUUUCCCGUAUAGUUCAUGGGGUUCUCCCUUCGAGCAGUUGAAACAAGUUGUCAAAGAUGACCCGCCACGACUAAAAUCCGAUGACUUCACGGAAGUUUUCAAAAACUUCAUCAUCGCUUGCCUGCAGAAGAAAUAUCAGGAUCGGUACAAUUACGAUCAGUUGUUAAACCAUCCGUUCAUCCAAGAGCACACGGAAAAGACGACGGAUGUCGCAUCGUUCGUUAGCGAGAUACUAGAUUUGGCUGCCACGGUUUGAUCCGGAGGAUCCUAGUGAUAAACCAGUAAUAUACACAUUUAGUUAGGAUUUUUUAUUAGACAUUUAAGAAUCGCGUCUGAAAAACAACAAAUUACAACCAUCCUAAAGUCCGGAAUGAUCUACCUAACAAUCUUAGCCACAACUAAUAUGCCAUAAUGUUCUACUUCGGUUCAAGGAAGUCCAUCCGUAAAACUGCGAUGUGGAGUUUCUUGACUCACAUAACUGCAGCAAUAAUUGUGAAAAAAAAAUGGACGGUUUUAUGUUGAAUGAAAGGAUGCCUUCCCUCUCAAUAAAAAAGUAAAUCUUUAUAUUUGGAAUUGCCUAAUUACAGGCUUCCGAUUGAAAUAAUUUUACGGUCGUUUUAUAUUUUGAUUGAACAUUUAUUGAAAGUAUUUCGUACAAAUUGGUUCAUUUGACCACAUUUCUUAUGUUUUCAUUUGUAGGUAAUGCUAAGGAAACAAAAAAUCGUUUUAAUUGUUUAAUCAAUCGAUAAAAAAAAUAAACCCAAGCAUCGACCUUUCACGAAA